AAAUUUUUAAAUAAUAUCUAUUAUCUAAUGUCAAGAUUAUAUUUUAGUUCAUUUUCACCUAAUAAUCAUCAAUCAAUUUAUCAUUAUUAUACAAAUUUAAUGUUAAUUACAAAUAAACCAAUUUUAUUUCAUAUACCGAUUAAAGAGAAAAUUUGUUUCUGUUUAUCCAUUUAUUUGGUUAUCUAUUAUAUUACAACCAGUUAUAAUAUAAUAGAAUUGGAUUCGGAAACAAAAUUUUUAUUCGGUGAUCUAAGCUAUUUGAUUGAUGAAGAUUCAACAAUUGCAUCGAAAAGUAUAUCAUUAUUAGCCGGUUUUGCUACAUUAAUGUUUUUAAUUAUAAUUUAUUAUUCAUUAAAUACAAUGUCAUCAAUUAGUUUACGUACAUUUUUAUUAAUAACACAAAAUGAUCAUCCAUUAAUUUAUGAAUAUUUACAACAACAAAAUUCACAACCAAUUUUACUUUCAACAAUACAAACAUUGAAAAAUUUUGAUAAAAAAAUUCAUCUAAAUCAACAAAGAUUUCGUUUCAUUUUUAAUCGAUUAUUUAAAUUAACAAAAUAUUUACAAACAAAAUCAAUGGAUAAAAUAUUUAUACAUAUAAUUCUAUUACAAGCAUCAUAUAUUGCAUUUAAUUUUAUGUUUAUAUUUAUUUAUUCACCAUUAAUGAUUGCUGGUUAUCUAUUACGAAUUGGAUUUUCAUUUAUACGUGUAUCAAAAUUUCAAUUAAAUACAUUAUUAUUAAAUUAUCAAAUAAUAAUCAAAUUAAAAUCAAAACAAUCAAAAGAAUUUAUUAAUUCAUAUUCAAAACAUAUUGAAUUAAAAUUAAUAAAUUAUUUACGUGAUUAUAGUGGUUUGAUUAUUUUUACUGAAAAUGUACAAAUUGUAUUAUCAAAAUUAUUUUUAUGUGCAUUAUUAGUUACAUUUGUUGCUAGUCAAAUAACAAUGAAUUGUUUAAAAAAUUUAUCAACUGAUAGUACUGUUAUCAUUAUAUUUAUGUAUUAUUUUCUAACAUUAGAUUAUAUAAUUAUUUUAUUAUUAUCAUAUAUUGUUUCGAAAUUUAAUGCAAAUCUUAAUUCAAUUUGUAAAGAUUUGAAUCGUAUUGUUUGUUGUAUAAAUGAAAUGGCUAGAUCAAAACGUUCACAAUUUAAAAUAAUGUUAUUUUAUGAACGUUUAGUUAAUAAAAAACCAUUUGGUAUCAAAAUUGGUCCUAUUACUGUAUUGACUAAAGCUGUUUUUAUAAAAGUAAGUUUACUAUUGAUUUUAUACAUACGUUUUACAAUGUUAUCGGGUAAAUUAAGCAAUACAUCACAUGAAGUUGAUAAUGCUGGUGGUUGA